GUGCGCAUACUCCCACAGGCCCACUCUCAUUCAAAUUGUUCUUGCUUUUUUCUCUCGCUUUCCUUCACUUUGCAGGAAAAUGUACAAGUCUAACAAAAUCCGUCACAUUGUUAGAAUCCAACAAAUGCUUAAGCGAUGGCGCAGGAAGGCAAGGCUCACGGCUUCACAUGCACCGUCCGAUGUCCCGUCAGGACACGUGGCUGUAUGCGUAGGAGACCGUUGCAAGAGGUUCAUCGUGCGUGCGACUUACCUGAACCACCCCAUCUUCAAGAUGCUCCUCGUACAAGCCGAGGAAGAGUACGGUUUCAAGAACAUCGGACCGCUAACGAUCCCUUGUGACGAGUCUGUGUUUGAGGAGAUUCUCCGAGUCCUGUCCCGAUCCGACUCGUCCAUCUCGGCCCCCUUCUCUAAUCUUGAGGAGGUUCAGAGAUGCUGCCACGUUGGCAUGAGGAAUAAUCUUGAGCUAUUGGGUGAAUCAAGGCCGUUGCUUCAUGGUUAGGUAGCUUGGGACUAACUAUAUUAUAUAUUUUUUCCUUUUUUUUUUAAAUUUAGGGUAUCAUUAUUAUUAUUAUUAUAUUUUUUGGCUUAGAUUGGGCAAGCUGUAGUUUUAUUUUUUUUUUUUUUAAUUUUAUGGAGAUGGCGAGUUGGGUUGGGGCUUUUUUGGUGACCGAGUCAUCCCGAGUUGAAGAGAAAGCAAAGCAAGGGUGUGAGAAAGUAUUCUCUUGUAAAUUACGACUCUUUAACGGCUAAUUAUCAGAGAUUUGUACUAAUCUUAUUAUUCUGCUUAAUUUAAGCACAGCAUUGUUUUAA